AUGCACACCGAAUUGGUAGACAGGCGAUGGGAAAAUAAUCGACACAUAAUCGCUAAAUUUAUUCAUCGGCCGCAAAGACGAGAGGUACUAAUACGUGCAAAAUCAGUUCUACGAUCGUCGGAUAUGUUUGUUACCAAAGAUCUACCACAGGCGGACGUGAUAAAGAAAAGGAGUCUCAAAAUUAUCAUGGACCAGGCAUACAAGGAGGGCAAAAGACCGGUGUUUAAAAACGGUAAUCUCUAUAUCAGCGGUGGCGCCUACGGCACGACGACGCCAGAGCAGACGUACGUACGACCAUGGCAAACCUUCAUAGAACUGUUGAUAAUCUUGCCUUAUGCUACUCAUUGGAUGUACGAUUUAGAAUUCAUGUUGCUGUCUGAAAUUAACAGACCGACAAACGCAGACCUUGAAUGGUGGAAGUACGACAAGUUUAAGCUGGAAACAUUAAGUAACGAUGAAUGUAAUGCUUACUUCAGGUUCUUCAAAGAGGAUAUUCACCAUUUGAAAGAUGUGUUUCACAUUCCAGAUCAAGUUAAAUGUAGAAACAACUCGAAAAUUGAAGGAAUUGAAGCACUCUGUAUAAUGUUGCAACGAUAUGCAUAUCCUUGCCGAUAUGUUGACAUAAUUAAAACUUUUGCUAGGCCCGUACCCCAGCUUUGUUUAAUAACUGGUCAGAUGACAAACCACAUAUACAAUAUGUUUGGUAGACUUCUAACAGACCUAGAUCAACCAUGGCUUUCACCAGUCAAUCUUGAAAA